CCAGACCCCGAUGGCGACCACGCUCGUGACCGCCCGGGCUCGCGCCGCGGCGGUGCAGCCUCGCUCCGGGCUGGGGGGCGCCGCGCCUGCAGAGGGCGCGCCCUGCUCAGGCGCCCAAAAGCCUCGGCGUGAGGGACGGGAGCAGCUGACAGGCGGUGACGUGAUUCGCAGGGCAGCUGGGAUCGCGGAGACAGUGGCGCAGAGGGAGCAGGUUGCUGGCGGGCGGCUCCAGUUCCGAGAGGCUACACUCUGAAGAAUGCUAGAUGACUGAUGAAUAGUCUGCAAAACUGAAAAUAAAAGUAAUUAACCCAAAAGUACAACAGAGACUGAAAGACUGUCAUUUGGAAAAAGUAAUGGAACAAGAACAGGAUCCUGCUAUUCUAGAAGAUGAAAACAUUAAAGCUAUUAAAGAAGAGUUCAAGAAAGCCUUUAUGUUUGUCAAUAAAGGCCUGAAUACAGAUCAAUUGGGUCAAAAGGAAGAAGCCAGGAACUACUACAAGCAAGGACUUGACCACUUGCUUAGAGGAGUUAGCAUUCCAUCACAAGGUCCUGAAUGUACAGGAUCCCAGUGGGACUCUGCCAGACAAAUGCAGCAAAAGAUGCAAGAGACUUUACAAAAUGUUAGAACUCGACUGAAUAUUCUAGAACAAAAUACUCUUGCUAGGCAAACUAAUGCCACCACAAUGAAUGUGCCUCUAGAGGUGCCCAAGCUAUACCCAGUGAUUCCCACUAAUGAAAAGCCAGCAAGGCCCCCUGCACCUAAUUCUCUGAUUCCACCAUCUGGGCCUCCUGCAGCAAAUGAAAAUGUUGCAACUACAAGCAAAGGGCAACAUCCAGCAAUGAGUCCUUCAUCUCCAAAAGCUCUCUCUCUACCACAUGAAGCUCCUCCUGCGUAUACUCCUCAAGCUACUGAUGGACACUAUACUGUAUCUUAUGGUACAGACUCUGGGGAGUUUUCAUCAGUUGGAGAGGACUACUACACAAAAUGUACUCAGCCGCCUCCCCUUGAAAGUCUAGGAGUAGAUGCAGAUGAAUUGAUCCUGAUUCGCCAAGGAGUACAGAUAUUCUUUGUGACUCCUGAUGGGCAGGUUAGUGCUCCUUCAUAUCCUGGAUACCUGCGCAUUGUGAAGUUCUUGGACACUGAUGGUGCAAUGGCCCAGAAUCGUCCGCCAGCGUUUCUUCAGGUUUGUGACUGGCUGUAUCCUCUUAUGUGCAACCAAUCUCCUGUUCUGUGCUGUAAUACUGGGGUCUACAUGUUCCCUGAUUUGAUGUCGCAGGUGCCAGGAUCCCAUGUGGGAGUAGUGCUAUCUUCAGAACUCCCAGCAGCUGACCGAGAGCUUUUUGAAGAUCUGUUAAAACAGAUGUCUGACCUCAGAGUCCAGGUGCCAAGAUCCCAUGAGGGAGUAGGAUUAUCUUCAGAACUCGCAACAGCUGACAGAGAACAUUAUGAGGAUAUGUUAAAACAGAUGUCUGACCUCAGAGUCCAGCCUUUGGAAGCUUCAAGUGAUGUGAAUAACCUGGCCCAGACUGUACGCAUCCAACCAGAGCCUGAAGGAGGAGAGAGAGAAAGAGAGUUACCUGAGUGGAGUGAGAAAGUAGCUCAUGGAAUCUUGUCAGGAGCAUCCUGGUUGAGUUGGGGUUUGGUCAAGGGAGCAGAAUAUACUGGCAAAGCAAUCCACAAAGGAGCUUCCAAAUUGCGAGAACAUAUUCAACCAGAAGAGAAACCUUUGGAAGUCAAUCCAACUGUAGCAAAGGGGUUUCAUGUAGCAAAACAAGCUACUGGAGGAGCUGUAAAAGUCAGCCGUUUUUUGGUUGAAGGGGUGUGUUCAGUAGCAAGCAGUAUUGGAAAAGAGUUAGCCCCACAUGUGAAGAAGCACGGGAGCAAAUUGGUUCCUGAGUCGCUUAAGAAAGACAAAGAUGGAAAGUCCACUUUUGAUGGUGCCAUGGUGGUAGCAGCAAGUGGAGUUCAAGGGUUUUCAACAGUAUGGCAAGGUUUGGAAAGUGCAGCAAAAUGCAUUGCUAAUAGUGUUUCAACCGAGACUGUUCACACUGUCCAGCACAAGUAUGGGGAUGAUGCAGGCCAUGCUACAGACAACGCUAUGAAUUCUGCAAUCAAUGUUGGUGUGACAGCAUUUAACAUUGACAACAUUGGUAUCAAAGCUAUAGUGAAGAAAACUGCAAAAGAGACUGGUUAUGCUGUGCUGGAUGAAUAUAAAGUACUAGAAAAAGAGAAAAAGGAUGGAAGAUAAAACAGUUAAUUUCUCAAAGCCUUACAGUAUGGAUGUAAUUUACUAUUUUAAAGUAAUGGGAUAAUGCUAAUCUAUAAUGUAAGUAUUUAUUUUUCCUAAUUGUCUUUACUAAAACUAAUUCUUUACAUACUUGAGAACUGAAGGCAUAAAACUAGCCAUUUUCUCUGAGAUGAAAGUAUCCUUCAUUUAGCAUUUCUGCAAUCAUGUAUCAAUCUGACCACUGGAAGGAUAUGGAUUUAAAUUACAUAUAGUACAUUCAGUAAAAAAAAAUCUUAAUCUAUUAAUUCAAAAACUCCAUUUUUCAAAACAUAAAAUGGAACAGUAACAUGGAUGGAAAUAUGAAUUUGUUUUGAGUAUUUUUGUAACUCUUUUGUAAAGAAAAAGGGUUGGUACUCUGAAUAGAUCUAAUAGGGUUUAUAGUUUAAUUCCACUUUUAAUUAUUAUGGUUGAAAUUAAUUUACCAAGGCAGAAUUGUCUUAUCUAAUUAUAUGCACUAAAAUUAGUUUUGGGUUCCAUCCUUCAGUUUCCAAAGACUAGGGAAAUUCCUUUAGGACAGCUAACAUUUAAAUAGCAGCUGAGCUAAUGACCAAAGUCAUAUUAAAAGAAAUGAAAGAGCGUCUGGUAGCCUCCCUCCUUUAAAGUUAAAUGCUUUUCAAAACAAAUAUUUAUGCAGACCAAAGACUUAAACCACACUGUUUAUUAGGGUGACAAGUACUCUCUGUACAAGAGAACCAACUCAAAAUUAAUCAGAAUAUUCACAAGUUGGCUGGAAGGGGGGGGAGGGAAUCAGUAAUUCUGUGAAAUCUGAUUUUUUUUUCUUUGGGGCGGAGGAACUAAUUCCAUAUUACAAAAAAAAUUAUUUUUGGUAGCUAUCAGGGUGAGACUGUAUCCAGGAAAAAAUUUUCUAUAGAAAAGCUUUCACUGACCUUUUACACUGCAUGUGUUUCACAAUCCAACUGCAAUGUCUUCAGAAAGUUUUGUAACAUUGGGUAUUACUCUGAUUAUUCCAUUAGAGGGCAGUAUUUGAAAUUUGUUUGUCUACUUCAGUAUCUAGUAUUAAAUGCCAACGAUUAUUAAAGUGAGCUUUCAGUCAUGGUAAGGGCAUGAUUUCAUGGGCAUGAACACAAUGAAAAAUUAAUUUCUGACAACUAUCCCAAUGAAUGUAAUAUACAUGCUGCUUUUUGUAAGUAGUUACGUUUUGCCCAGUUUCUACUCAGACAUGAACUGUCCUGAUGAUUCUUGUAUACCGGUGUUCUACAACAGCUUUGUGUAGUACACAGGAGUGUAGUACAUAUGAAAAACUCAGGUCAUUCUUUGCUACUGACUCAAAAAUUCAUUACUGGGCUUCACAGCUGCUAUACGUUCCAGUCUUGAUUGAACCUGUAGUGGAAACAAAAUGACAUUUACAAACUGUCCUUCACAUUGAUUGCAUUUAUUCAUGAGUAUCAGCCAGUCACACAGUUAAGUCAUUUUCUGCAAUUAAAGUCUAUACUAAUGGAUUAAUAGAAAGUAAUGCAUUUGUGUGGCUAUUACAUGCCUGCACCUGGUGAUGGUGAGAAGUAUGAGGCCAAGAGAGGAACAAUUUGACAUAAUUCCUAGAGUGUCUUGUGGAAUUGAAAUUAUAAAUAAAACAGCUUGACCUAUGUGCUUAGCAUUAUUAUGGAUGCAGAGCUACUGUGUGUAUUUUCUGUUGUGAGAAAAGUAAAAAUCUGGGACUUUU